AUGGGUACAGAGUUGGUCGCUGACGACUCGGAACUCCAUGUCAUUGCGGAAGGCCCACAGUCGGGACUUUGGAUACGGGCUUCCUGCGCCGGGCCCGAGGACGGCGACGAGGGCUGGGUGGCGUGGAUAUCUAUGCUACACGUCAUGCUUUCCCUCACUUCCAUCCACACGCUGUAUAUCUCCGUCAUUGCACCUUCCAUUCUCCCCCACCUCCUACAUCACAUGCCAAGCCUAACGCAGCUUACCGUAUACAUCAAUCCGGACGCUAUGCAGAUCGACGAGGUGCUGUGCUGUCGACUCUUGCUCAGUAACCUCUACUCCGCACUUGCGGAGGAACCUCUUCACUGCCCAGCCCUCGAAUCCCUGACCAUUGAAUCAAGAGAGGGAGACCCGGGGUCCUUCCGUUUGCCAACUCCGUUGCCAGAGGACUCCGACGAGUGGCCAGGCCCGCCAGAUGCGGGCGUCCUGUUGAGGAUGGUAGACAUCCGCUCGCGGCUGGACAAGCCGCUUCACCGGUUUGUGCUGCACCCUCAUUGGCACCUGGACGACCGCUUGGACCUGCUCGAGGAGUUCGAGGAACCUCUUGCCAUGCUCAAGAAGCACGUCGCAUCGGUGGUGUUGGUGGAGGACGGCGAGGUGCUAUUGAGUGCGCCAAUCUUCAACAUGAGGGCGAUGUGGCAGGUGGACGGGAUCGAGAAUCACUGGGAGCUCGCGGACGGCGACAGGCCGAUCUACCAAGAUCUGCUGGUUGCACACGAAACCAUGGCACGCGUCCUCAUUCGGCUCUGCCGCCAGCUGAAUGCGCUCACACCCGUGGGCAAGUUACCUCCCGAACUCCUCAGCCGCGUCUUCAUGUUCUGCGUGCACCCCCCUGAAAACAGAACCGUGCACAACCUGCUGAACACCACCCAUCGACUGACACCGACGGGCUCACUACUCUGCAUCACUGGUGUAUGCUCGCAGUGGCGCUCUGUCGCCCUGAAUACCCCGGUUCUCUGGACGCAUAUCGAUGUCCAGAAUCCCACUCAGCUAGAAGCAUUCAUAUCUCGCUCACAGUCCAUGUCUCUUUCCCUCGUCGUCCGUUCGAUGCGUCUCCGCUCGGUGCUCGAGCGCUAUGGUUCGCGCCUGCGCAGGUUGGAUGUCACCUUGACGGGCGAUUUCAGAUCACUAUCUGGCUUGUUCAACUUGGAAAUCGACCUGCCUCGGCUGGAGUGCCUGACGGUUCGCGCAUGGAGCGAAUACGGCCCGCAGGUUGAUGAACCGGGAGCCAUUCCGGCUACACUCUUCGGUCAACCCAUCUCUCGCGUCACGGCGCUUGCGCUCAGGGAAGAUAUCUCGUGGUGUCCACGAACUUCAUUCCCGAACCUCACACAUCUGUAUCUGGGUUGGGACGGAGGCCAGUCAUGGCUGUCGGAAGAUCCGAUCAAUUAUCUGGGAUCACUGCUUCGACACACACCUGCACUUCAGCAUCUACAUCUCGUCAACUUGGUAGAAAUGUUCGACGAAACUCGUCCAUCUUUCGCGAUCCCUCUCCCCUGCAUGCGCUCGGUAGUAUGCUGCUCCAGCGAUAUGGGAACCGCCCUCUACCUUCUCCUCCUCUUACAGCUCCCCGAGACUGUGUUUGUGCGCCUGCACGACACGACUAGCAUCGCCGACUUCCCAGAGGCAAACUUCCCUCCACGCACAGCUUCACCCCUCUUCCUGGCCAGUUUCAGUGAUGCACAACUCAUAGCUAGUCGCCAUCAGCUAUUCCUCGUCGCCGAAGGCCCUCACAGCGGUUUCUGGCUCCACAGACCGGCCGCGUACAUGGUCAGCGAUCGCAGCGGCUGGGGCUCGUACUUAUCCGGAAUAGAGCAUCUAGGCCUCCUGCCAUCUAUCCAGACACUGCGCCUGAACGCGAAGGACGAUGCCGACGCCGUGUUACAGCUGCUCCGUUGCAUCCAUAGUUUGGUCGAACUCACAGUCGUCAUCGAGGAUGGAUCACAGGAGGACGUCCAUUACAACGCCCGUGCUAUCUAUGCAGCCCUUAAGGACCCUACAUGCUGUCCACAGCUGCGCUCGCUGGUCGUACUCGCCAGUACGCACGACCCCGAGAACCUGUGCCCCUCACUGCUGCUCAACAUGCUGGAAACGCGCGCGCGUCAGGGCUGGGCACUCCGUCGUCUUGCCAUACAGCAAUGGUUGCCGUUGGAGUCGUCACAAGACCCUAAUACUGUCCGCAUCGAGCGCGAGCGAUGGAACCAGGCAUACGUGUCCAUAUCUGUGCCCGCGAAGACGCACGUCCAGGUCGUCGAAGUCGCGAGCGGCGAGGACCUCCGCCCGUUCACGAUGCGAGAUGUUUGGGAGGUGGAGGGGGCGGAGGACUACUGGAAGAUCGAAAUAGCGCAUCGGCCGAAGUAUCCCGGGCCGUUGUGA